CCCAACCCAAGUUCCCAAACACUCCCUUGUUGAGCAGUACAAGAUCCAAAAUGCGGGAGGGGGUAAAAAAGCCCUAGCCGUUCGUCAUUUGUGCAGAGCUCCCACUGACUCGCACUUGCUCUCUCUUCUCUUGAGGAGUUAUAUUUAGCUGACAUCUUUUAAAUGGCAAAUAGACCAGAUCCUGACAUUGAUGAUGAUUUUAGUGAACUUUAUAAGGAAUAUACUGGGCCUCUGGGUUCUACUGCCACCAAUGUACACGACAAUGCAAAAACCAACAAAAGGUCCCAUGCAAGUUCUAGUGACGAAGAGGAACCUCGUGACCCUAAUGCCGUCCCAACUGAUUUUACUAGCAGAGAAGCUAAGGUUUGGGAGGCUAAAUCUAAAGCUACCGAGAGGAACUGGAAGAAGCGGAAAGAAGAAGAAAUGAUCUGUAAAAUAUGUGGCGAAUCAGGUCACUUUACGCAGGGGUGUCCGUCAACUCUUGGAGCAAAUCGCAAGUCUCAAGAUUUCUUUGAACGAGUUCCUGCAAGAGAAAAACAUGUAAAAGCACUUUUUACAGAGAAAGUGAUUCAAAAGAUUGAAAAGGAUAUUGGAUGCAAAAUUAAAUUAGAUGAGAAAUUUAUCAUUGUCAGUGGCAAGGAUAGGUUGAUUUUGGCAAAAGGUGUGGAUGCUGUGCACAAAGUUAAAGAAGAAGGUGAAAAAAAAGGUUCCUCUAGUUCUCGGAUGAGCAGGUCUAAGUCACCUGAGCGGAGAAGCCCUGUUGGCUCACGAUUUGGACACUCUGAUUCCCAAAGGUCUCUUCCCAGUCCACGUAAAUCAUCCCAGUUUCAACAGAGGUUUGGCAGACAAGAUAAGGUUGUGGAAGACCGUGUUCGUGAGGAUCUGCAAAAACUGGCAAGGGGCUCCCCACAAGCAAGAGCUUAUGGUAAUGAUGGAGCUGGAGGUCGUUCAAGUCAUUCAAAAUCUCCAGCACGCCCCCUUUACUCAGGCAACUCAUAUAAUUCAUUUGACAGUCGUAGUCAAGGUGUGGGGGCCUACAGGACAGAUGGAUGGGAUAGUGAAAGACGAGGACGUGACAUGCAAUCUGGCCGUAAUUUUGAUUACCCUGCCUCUGCUCAGACGUUAGAGGAAUUAGAGUUGGAAUAUAAGAGGGAGGCAAUGGAACUUGAAAGAAUUCGUGACAAGGAAGAAGAUGAAGAGAAUUACAAGCAUCGUGAGGUUAUCAAGGAGAUGAGGGAGAAUUACAUGAAGAAACUGGCUAUCCUGAGGGGAAAACAUGCGAAACAAUGGGAAGAGUUUCUUCAACUCGAUGCCCAAAGGAGGCAACAACGGGCAUGCCAGCAAAUCUCCUCUUCGGAGUUUGGUGGUUAUAAGCAACCCAGUUAUCCCGACUAUGAUAACUCUGCAGGCAAUGCUCACUAUGCUGGAGCUAAUAUAGCAAUGGAUUCGAGGGACAGGUACCCAGACGCCAUGGAUAAUUAUCCUUCUUCGAGGACUCACGACACUUAUGGCGACUUCCAGCGCCAGAGGCGUGAGGAUUAUGGAAAAACAUAUAAUCGAUACUAAAUGGCAAGUUGUCAUACUCUUCAAUCAAGCUUUGAAAUAUAAUAUGUAUGUUACCGUUGUGUCUGUCUUCUGAUUUGUUAAGUUUAAGCAUUGAAUUGCUCCAAUUAUUGGGUAAGAUUUGCAUUUUGUGAGAUGUGGUUUCUUGGGGAUACAUGCUAUAUAGAGCAUUUGAAAUUA